AGAGUAUCUGCUUUGCACAAUGAAGAUUCCAGAUUCAGCUCUUGGCAUCCUUGAAAAUCUGAAAAGCUAGAUGGAACAUUGGCUCAGCUCAGUAUAAAGUGGCCAAGCAGUCACUCAUUCAUAUAUAGAGAGUACCUGGAACCAAUUCUCACCUGACAAUUGUGACCAUGACUGCGGGGAUAAUGUGCCGAAGAUUUUCAGGACCAUCUUACAGGGCAGCUGCAUUUUCAACUACAACUCGGUCUUGGGGGAAGAAGAUAUUCCUCAGAAAAACAGAAGAAUGCCAGAGUACCAAAGAGAGAAACAAGGAAUCGAAACCACCUGUUAAGCUCAGACUUUGGAAGCCUCCAGAGUACAGGGUAUUUUUUAAUCCCUUGGCAUACCCAGGGGCCAAAUGUGUAUACCAUGGGAAUGCCUCUGUAGGUUUGGAGGAUGGACUACUUGAGAGUGAUUACAGUACAAUUGGUGCCAAACAAGUCCGAAAUACAUACAGCAUUACCUGCUCACGGAGGCUUUCAAGCACAAGGAAUACUCUCUUGGAUUUGGAAAACAAUAAGGCCCUCUCCACUCAAGCUUCAUCAAUGCAACCAACUAGAUCGGUCCCUGUGAAAGAUGAUGAGCAAAUUGCUAAUGUGGAGGAUUAUGAUACUAAAGAAGAUCCCAGGACAUUCCAGAAACAAAGGCCUGAAUACAGAUCUCUGUGUUAUAGCAGAUAUGAACUCCCUGAUCCCCUUUCCAUGGAGGAGUGUAAUCAUAUCCUGCAGAAAGUUGCUGUUUUGAAAAGCAGCCUGAAACCUGGAACUAUUGCAGAUUAUUUCCUCAGGCUGAGCUGCUUGCCAGAGGAGCAGCGCUUGGGCAUGAUGUCCAAUGCCAGGUUUGCUAUGCUUUGUCGUUAUGGAGUUGAGAACAUCCAGGCAUUUGAUAUUUCUGAGCUUAUUGCGGUUUUGAGGGCUUUUGUCGGCCUAGCCAUUCCACCCAUGCACUCCAUGCUUAAUGUGUAUGAAACAGAGUGUUGCCGUCGAGCCUGGAACAUGAACCUGGAUCAGCAGUUGCUGGUGGCUGAUCUGUGGCGAUGUUUGGGACGAGUUGUCCCUCGGUAUUUAGAGAUUGUGCUGAGCUAUGUUAACCUUCACUGGAAGAACCUCACAUUGCCCCAGCUGGUCCAGCUGGUUUACAUCAUUGGUGAAGGGCGUAAAGCCCCUGAGGAGUUAGUGCAGAAACUAGACGUCUUGGUGUUAAAGCAGUUGGACUCCCUCAACCUGGAGGAAGUGGGUGCUAUUUGCUUGGGGUUUUUUAAGUCUCAGAAUGGUCUUUCAGAGCAGACUAUGAGAAAAAUUGGAGAUAAAGUCUCUGCUCGUGUGGCAGACAUCAGCAAUUAUGCCUUAGUAAAUGUCCUUAAGAUGUUCCGUUACACCCAUGUUGACCAUAUGGACUUUUUGAAGCAACUUGGGAAUGUGGUUCCACCUCGGAUACCCACUAUAGGCAUUCAAGGUGUAAUGCACAUAACACUUGCCUGUUCAGCUUUGCAUUAUCUUAAUGAAAAGGUUAUGAAUGCCGUUGCGGCUUCUGUGCCUCCUAGGGCUGCUUAUUGCCGAAGCAAAGACAUUGCCAAAUUAUUAUGGUCUUUUGGAUGCUUGAACUAUGAGCCACCCAACGCAGAGGAAUUUUAUGCCAGCCUCGAGGAACAGAUGCACGCAAAACUAAAUGAAUUUAACAAAUUCCCUGAGCAUUUGCUCACCUGUUUGUUAGCACUGACAUUUGCAAAGCGGUUCCCCUAUGACUUGAUAGAUUAUGCACUGAGUCCUGGGUUUCUCAAACUAAGUAGCAAGAGUAAAUUUGAACUCCAAAAGGACUUUUUCACCCUUGAUGGCACAGUGGAGAUUGAAUGUCCUGACUACAAAGGCCAUCGCCUUACCCCGCAGUUUCGCCAAGAGGUGGCAGAGAUGCUAUGGGACCUUGCCAAGAAGGAGAACUGUAUGAAAGUAGACAUUACUGAAGCCUUCUCUCUACUGCAGGAUAUGCUGGGAGGGCCCCAAUAUAUCAAACACCAUAUGAUCUUGCCUCACACACGAUCAACUGAUUUAGAGAUUCAUUUAGACGCUAACCAGAAACCAUUGCCAUUUAACUCAGAAGCUGCGUCCACAGUAAAAUUAGAACUAAAAGAGAAUGGAGUGGUACUUACAGAUGAUUUAAUGACUCAGCUUGUAAAGGGGAAGGUCCAAAGCCAUUCCCUUAUGAGUGGUACUGAAAACAAGAUUGAAAUGCAAAUUGAGGAAAGAGAAACAACACAGGAGCAGUCUCUCUCCACUUGGAAUCACUUUUCAUUUACUGAUGGAGUUCCACUUACUGGUGACAUAUUGAAUGCUUUGACCAAAUCAAAGAUGUCUAGUGAAGGUCCACACGCUCCUCUUAGCAAACAGCAAACUGGUGGCAUGAAACUAGCUGUUCAGGUGUCAAAUCGGAAUCACUAUUGCUAUGGAUCAAAACAUCUACUAGGGCUCCACAGCUUGAAACGGAGACAACUCAGUCGAAUUGGAUAUGUUGUGAUAGAAAUACCUUUCUGGGAAUGGUUUCCUUUACUCCGGCAUAGCCGUUCAGAAAAACUGAGCUAUUUGCAUUAUAAAUUAUUUGGUUCUUUGGUGUGAGAGGAAACCCAAAUAUCAUGUAGAGUCAGACUACUGGAAAGCUACCAUGUUGGUCAUAGUCAGGCGUCUUUCCACUGGAGUAGAACUGACUCUUCAAAGCUACUAAAUAGCUGUGAUCUCUCAGCAGAGUCAAUUUAUCAGUGUUCUUUGAAUGGAUAAUACACACAUCCAGCAUGUUCCCUUCUUAUAAAUUGAUUUAACAGUGACUCUUCUGUAAAUAAAAUAAUUUAUUUUAAUAGUACUUUUAUGUAUUUAUUUUUUCUUGGUGAAAGGGGCAGGUAUCAUAUUUUGAAAGGUCACACGGAAAGGAAUAGUUUUCAUAAUAUCAGUCUGCUCUUGUGGCAAGACCUGGAUUUAAAUCCUAUUUCCUACAUACCCUGAGUCAGUCUUUCAGCUUUGGGCUACAUCUACACUGCAGAAUUAAUGUG